AUGAAGGGCGUCUGGAUUGAAAAGACUGGCGGCACGGAGGUGUUGCAAUAUAAGGAGGAUAUACCCGUGCCAGAGGUGAAAGAGGGUGAAGUGCUAGUCAAGAACGAGUUCAUUGGGAUCAACUACAUCGACACAUAUUUCCGCGCUGGCGUCUACCCCCUCCCGCACACGCCCUACAUCCUCGGCCGCGAAGGCAGCGGCACCAUCGCAGCGCUCGGCUCUAACAUCCCCGAUGAUCUCCAGCUCGGAACAAGAGUAACAUACAUGGGACAGUACGCGUACGCGGAAUAUACAUCUGUGCCUGCCAAGACGACCGUCGCCAUUCCGGAUUCCAUAGACACGAAGAUCGCGGCUGCGGCGCUGCUACAGGCGCUCACGGCUGUGACGUUGAUCAGGGAAGCGCAUCCCGUGCAAAAGGGCGAUUGGGUGCUUGUGACGGCGGCAGCUGGAGGAGUAGGACUCUGGUUAUGCCAACUCCUGAAGGCCGUUGGCGCACGAACUAUUGCUGCUGCUUCUUCACCAGAGAAGCGGGAGUUGGCGAAGAAGAACGGGGCGGAGGUCUUAGUGGAAUAUCAUGAGGAGGAUAGGGAGAAGUUCACGAAAGAGGUUUUGGACAUCACUGGCGGCGAGGGCGUGGCGGCGGUGUUCGACAGCGUCGGCAAAGCUACCUUCGAUAGCAGCUUAGCGACCGUCAAGAGGAAGGGCAGUAUGGUCAGUUUUGGAAACGCGAGUGGCCCGGUGACUGGGUUUGCCCUGGGACGCCUUGGUGCCAAGAACGUCAAGCUUCUGCGCCCCACGCUGUUCAACUACGUAUAUACGCGCGACGAGCUAAAGCAGUACUCGACUGAGGUGUGGAAAUUUAUCGAGAAAGAUGGACUGAAUGUUGCGAUUCACGAUGUGUAUCCGCUCAAGGAUGUGGUGAGGGCGACAGAAGAUAUUCAAAGCCGGAAGACGACGGGCAAAUUGCUGCUAACACCAUAG